UGGUCGGCGCGUAACGUAACAUGCCAGUUAGAGAAUUUAUUGUGAUAACAAAAUACCAUCGCUAGCCACCUAGCAUCUCCUGUAGCAUAGUUACUCGGGUCCUUAUGGAAGUCACUUCCGUUUCCGUCCCACAGCGUUACUUAGGUUUAGGUAGCGUUCAUUUUUCUAAAGUGAAACAAUACCACUGAAUGAACUGAAUUUAAUGGAAGAUGUGAAAGUUUCUUGAAUGUUGUGAUCUUGGGGCUAACAGCACAACUUACACGUAAAGUAUAAGUGCCAAAACAUUACGAGAACAAAGCCUUCAGGCUAGCUAAUUAACUGUCUCUGUGUAUUAGCUAACAAUGGCAAGUCGUUAUUCAGUUUAGCUAUUUAUGUAAAUACCGGUGCAACACGAUAAAUAAGAUUAGCGUGCCUAAGUCAGACCGCUAAUCAACGUACUAGUUGGCCAGCUACAAUACCAGUUACACACGUAAAUGCGAGGCGACGGAAGUGAGCGACAGAAGGACCUGAGUAUGUUUGUGACAGUAGGGAAUAAAUUCGAUGGUGAUUUUGGUGGCGACUCUUAUUGUAGACCAAUGAUACCCCGACUUCAUCACAAGAAGGACCAAUGAAAGUGCCAGAAUCUUGAACGGCUAUAACUAACGUAACCGACGUAAGCAUACUGCAGCAACGGGGUGGCGGAACAUGGCGGCGUGCGUGUCCUUGUCAAUGUUUGUUACGAGGAAUGGGGCAACUUUAAGAAGUAUUAGAAAGCUUCACUCGGUUUCUGUAAACCGGGAGCCUGUGUAUCCUGUCAUCCAGCCAUCUAAAACCGCAAAAAGUAAAUCUGCAAAGCGCCGAAGAGAAGAAGACUACUUAAAUGAAGUACGAUCCGCACAGACAGUGCAGGAUAAGCUUCGGCUUCUUACUAAGCGGCAACGAAAGAAAUACGUGCUAUACCCGCAGACUUUUUCACUCAAUGCGGACAGAUGGUAUCAGCAUUUUACCAAGACCGCAUAUCUACCUGGGCUUCCCCAUAAAUUUUCUGUCGAAAUAGACAAAAGUAGCCCCGGGGAGUCCAACCUGCCAUUGAUGUCAGUCCAGUCCUGUCCAGCUGCCGUUCAUGAUGAUGUCUUUUCUGAACUACGAUCCGUGGUUUGCAAUUCGAUUUUACAAGAGAACUUCUACUUGCUGAAAGCGAAACCAUUUCUACAGAAGGGGAUGCAGGGUUUUGUCGCACCGUUCCUGUCAAACCUUGUCUCUGGUGUCACAAGCACCUUAGUCAAACACAACCCUCUACUUCAAGUGUCGAACCUAGAUGUCAGUCCUCAAGUGAAUUUCUACUGGAUGAGGGGAGAAUGGACCAUUCCAAGGGGGCACCGGAGAGGUCGAAUUGACCCGGUUAGGUUUCAGAUCGACGACAAACCACACUCUCAAAUCAGGGUGCCUCAGCAACUUCCUGAGUUUGUGCCUCUGGGAUUGGAAGUUUCUGCAGAGGUCCCUGAGAUAAGAUACCCUCCAUAUCUGCUUCCCAUGUUCAGAAGACAGUAUGAUAAUAACAUUUUCACAGGGUCCAAGCUUGCUGACCCAUGCAGCUAUGGUCACACACAGUUCCACAUGUUUAUGGACCAGUUUCAAAGAAGCAAACUGAUUAUGGCAAACCUUGUUGAUCAGAUUGAGGUUAGCCUGAGAGCCAAUGCUAUUGCCAGUCUUUUCGCUUGGACAGGAGCACAGGCUAUGUAUCAAGGUUUCUGGAGCCAUGAAGACUUGACACGACCAUUUGUUUCACAGGCUGUGAUCACAGAUGGAGUGUACUUCUCUUUCUUCUGCUAUCAGUUGAAUACUCUGGCUCUUACGGUGCAGACUGACUCUGAGAACCCUAGAAAGAACCUUUGCUGGGGUACAAAGAGCAUGAGGCUGUAUGAGGGGAUAAAGAAUGGGGAUGUGAUUGGAUUCGAUGACAGGGUCCUGAAGCUUCUGGUUCAGUUUUUGCUGAACCGGGCCUAGCCAAUAUAAAUGCCAAGAAGCAGCAGCUGCUGUAAGUCAGUUACUGUAGAUUCCAUCUGAAUGAAAUGUUGUCAACACAAUACAUUGUGAUAUUCCAAGUUAAUGUCAGCCCUUUUAUUUACAUAUUUUUGAGGAUAUAUGCUUAUGAAAUACACACAGAGUUGCAGGUUGACCUUGAUUUCAGUACAUUCCCCAGACGAAUUUAAAAUACUUUGAAAAUAUUUUGAAAUUGUUGGAAUGAUUGUAAUCUGGUGGUUUGUAAUGUGUAUUUCACUUUAAUGACAAAUAAAAUGAACCACCAGAGACAAGUGUCAAGUUUCAAAUGACAUUUCAUGUACCAGAAUUCAGGUCUUAGAUUGGGUUUAUAUGAAGUGUGUACUUGGUGGUGUUUUCCCCAAGGAUCUGUUGAACAUACAACAAAGUCCCCACUAUAUUACCAUCUUCAAUUUAGUUUAAUACAGACUUGAUUUCAUGCCAGCUCUAUGUGGUUAGGGGAAAGACCUGUAGCAGUAAUGAUGCACUUCGUCUGAUUGAAGCAGGAAAUAUAAGAUAAUAUUUUUUUUCUGUAGGGCAGAUAUUAAUUGACUGGAAAUUGUGGGUCAAGUACCUUGCCUAAGAUUACAGCUGUAGUGCCCCAGUAGGGGAAAAAAUUAGCAGCCUUUUGGUUACAAGCCCUGUACCUUACCACUGCGCUGUACUGCCAGUGAAUAUCCCAUCAUGCUUAGCAUCAUGUCUAAAAAUGCUGGGCAAGCUGAGUUUCCCAUUAUUUGGCUAUCAUACCUAUAGGAGCAAAUGACAGUGACUUUGAGAGAGGGCUGAUUUGGGGCAUGUUUGGCAGGAGCUCCAGUGAUGCAGAACACGAAGAAUGUUGGUGUUCCACUAGGAACAGUGGCUAAGAUGAUGUUGGCGUGGAAUUCUGAGGGGAAAGAUAUGAACUACGGACAAGUGGACAAGU